AUGCCCGUUCGUCCCCGCUCCGCUGCGCUACUGAGGAAGUCGCAACUCACAACAGAAACCUCGACCAAAACACCAGCACCUUCCCAUCCCGUCGUUAAUGCUGGGCAUCACUCCGGGACUUUAUGCCCACAACCCGGCCUGACCAGAAAAUCCCUCUUCAGAAACAUCACGGUCUCGGUCUCACCUCUCCGCCACCCAACGGUUCCUUUUGUCGGAUCUUUUCUGGAUACCGUUCGAUCGCAGCUGAUCAGAAUUGACCAUGCCCUCGUCAACGUGGAACAUACGAUAUCUGGACCCCGAGUGGAAGUGAAGUCCAAGUGGGAGCCGAUUCCGCCUCGAUUUGCUGCAGGACCCAAUGUGUGGUCAUUAUCCACCGCUGCAGAUGCAUCUGCUUUCUACCCACGCGCGAUAGACCAUCACUCGGCUCUCGCCGGUGACCACGCCUUCGUCUUUGUGACCAUCUCAACGUUGGAGUCAAUUAUUCUGAGCGACUGUUCCAACGAGUUCGUUCCAUCUUUCAUCCCAUCACUCACGUCGAGCUCAACUAGCAAGGGCUUUCGAUUAAACUCACCGCUACAGUUCAGCGAAUCUAAGCCCGCAGAGUCGCAGACCGGAAGAUGUCAAAAUAAACUCAGCUCCAGCUUGCACAACUACCACGCCCAUGCCAUAUCCGAUUUUUCAGAAAAUCAUAGCGUUUCAUGGCAUCACUUCCAUAACACAAAACGGUUGAUUUUCUUCAUCAGAAUGACAGCCAACAUUGUUGCGCGGCGUCCAAUCGGAGUAUUGCUUGUCAACAGCACGCUUGACCAGAAAUGGCCAUGGACUCUCGGGCCCAAUUCCUCCACCUUCGUGGGCAUCACCGCGGCGCAAACCACGUCCGUGAUCAGCGUCCUCAACCCCUAUUUCGGUGACAACCCCUACGACGCGUCCAUCAAGGACGCUAAUCCCACCGCGACAACGUACAUCGUGAGCUGCCAGACCAACAGCACGAAUUAUCAAUGUCGCGCCGACCCCUCCGCCUUGAUGACCCUCGUGGGAGGGCCGUCGACCAUGGAACUUCACAUUGACCAUACUGCCAGCGGAGUAUCAAUCGAGUACAUUGGUACCGUUUCAGGUGAUGGCCUGGACUACCAGCAGAUCGUCACAAAGAGCGGAAACACCGCCAUGAUGGCCAACAUGAGACUUUCGCCUCUGACGGCUACAAGCCUCUACGUUCCCCUCACCGUCACCGCUGGCCUGGAGAAACUGCAGCAAGCUCAGACCGGCGCUACUGCGACUGCGACUGCAACGGCCACGGCGUCCUCCUCGGGAUCGGCGCAGAGCGGGUCCGGGUCCGCUGCAUCGGCCACGAGUGCGCAGGCCUCUUCGACGUCAACGCCUAACGCCGCUGCACCCCGUGUCGCCCGGGACGGUCUUCUUGCUGGCGCAAUUGCUGCAGUCUUUGAAGAUGUUGUUUCGGUCGAGGCAUCGAGCAUUGGGUAUAUUAUGGGAACAGCAACAGGCGGCCUCGCGAAUAAUUUUGCGGCCUUUGUUGACGCAUAA